AUGUCCGCCAAAGCAAUCUUCGAGGCCGACGGCAAGGCUAUUGUCAACUACCACCUCACUCGUGCGCCCGUCAUCAAGCCUAGUCCGCUGACGAAGCCCACCAAGCACAACGCUGCCCCUAGACUGGCAUCGCUCUACUUCCCUGAAGACGCCGAAGUCAACGAUGUGCUGAACCAGGCCGAGGUCACCUACCCGUGGCUGCUUCAGAGCGGCGUCAAGCUCGUUGCAAAGCCCGAUCAAUUGAUCAAGCGACGAGGCAAGAGUGGCCUCCUGGCUCUGAACAAGACCUGGCCCGAAGCGAAGGCCUGGGUUGCUGAGCGUGCGGGCAAGAAGCAGAAGGUCGAGCAUGUCGAAGGUGUCCUGCGCCACUUCCUCGUUGAGCCUUUUGUGCCUCACCCAGAGGGAACCGAGUAUUACAUCAACAUCAACUCAGUCCGAGAUGGCGACUGGAUUCUCUUCACCCACGAGGGUGGUGUGGAUGUUGGUGAUGUCGAUGAGAAGGCCGAAAAGCUCCUUAUCCCCGUUGACCUGUCAGAAUAUCCCUCGAAUGAGGAGAUCGCGAAGACGCUGUUGAAGAAGGUCCCCAAAGGUGUUCAUAACGUCCUGGUCGACUUUAUUACCCGUCUAUACGCUGUCUACGUGGACUGCCAGUUCACCUACCUCGAGAUCAACCCCUUGGUCGUCAUUCCCAACGCAGAUGCCACCUCAGCUGAUGUUCACUUCCUCGACUUGGCCGCUAAGCUGGAUCAGACUGCUGAUUUCGAAUGCGGUGUGAAAUGGGCAAUUGCACGAUCUCCCACCGCCUUGGGCAUCACCGCUGCCUCGUCAGCAGGUGACAAGAUUAGCGUGGAUGCUGGCCCUCCCAUGGAGUUCCCCGCCCCCUUCGGUCGUGAGCUGACCAAGGAGGAGGCUUACAUCGCGGAGCUCGACGCCAAGACGGGUGCUUCUCUCAAGCUCACCGUUCUGAACCCCAACGGUCGAGUCUGGACUCUGGUCGCCGGUGGUGGUGCCUCUGUCGUCUACGCCGAUGCCAUUGCUUCCUCUGGUUUCGCCGACGACUUGGCCAACUAUGGCGAGUACUCUGGUGCCCCCACCGAGUCGCAGACGUUCUACUACGCCCGAACCGUCUUGGACCUGAUGCUGCGCUCGCCCAUUGACUCCAAGGGCAAGGUCCUGUUCAUCGGUGGUGGUAUUGCCAACUUCACAAACGUCGCCUCCACCUUCAAGGGUGUCAUCCGGGCGCUGCGCGAAUACUCUAAGCAACUCAUUGAGCAUAACGUGCAGAUCUGGGUGCGACGUGCCGGUCCCAACUGGCAAGAAGGCCUGAAGAACAUGAAGGCUGCAACUCAGGAGCUUGGCCUGACUGCCCAUAUCUUUGGCCCGGACAUGCACGUCUCUGGUAUUGUACCCCUUGCACUUGUUCCCGGGCGAUGGGAGGAGAGCGAUGCACAGGAGUUCCAGGGUUAG